AUGGCAUCUGCUGUCUUCUUUCUCGAUUUAAAGGGCAAGACUCUCCUUGCCCGAAAUUAUAGAGGAGAUAUUCCUAUGUCCGCGGUUGAAAAGUUUCCAAUACUUUUGAGCGAAGCAGAAGAAGAGAGUUCCGCAGUUCCACCAUGUUUCUCAGACGAAGGAAUAAAUUAUCUAUACAUCCGCCAUAAUAACCUCUACCUCCUAGCCCUCACUAAACGCAAUACAAAUGCCGCCGAAAUCCUCCUUUUCCUACACAAGAUAGUCGAAGUCUUCACCGAAUACUUCAAAGAGCUUGAGGAAGAAUCCAUCCGAGACAACUUCGUCAUCAUUUAUGAACUCUUGGACGAGAUGAUGGACUUUGGAUAUCCACAAACCACCGAAUCGAAAAUCCUCCAAGAAUACAUUACACAAGAAUCACAUAAAUUAGAGAUCCAAGCCCGUCCACCUAUAGCGGUUACGAACGCAGUAUCAUGGAGAUCAGAAGGAAUCCGGUACAGGAAGAAUGAAGUUUUCCUUGACGUGGUUGAAUCGCUCAAUUUACUGGUAUCCUCGAAUGGAAAUGUGUUGAGGUCCGAGAUUUUAGGCGCCAUAAAGAUGAAGUGUUACCUGUCUGGUAUGCCAGAACUGCGAUUAGGUCUUAACGAUAAAGUAAUGUUUGAAACGACUGGACGCGCAACUCGAGGAAAGGCCAUCGAGAUGGAAGAUGUGAAAUUCCAUCAAUGUGUCCGUCUUUCGCGAUUUGAGAACGAUAGAACUAUCUCCUUUAUUCCACCCGAUGGAGAAUUCGAAUUGAUGUCAUACCGUCUAAAUACUCAAGUCAAACCAUUGAUCUGGGUUGAAUGUAUCGUGGAAUCGCAUUCUGGAUCAAGAAUCGAAUAUAUGUUGAAAGCGAAAGCGCAAUUUAAACGUCGUAGCACAGCCAACAACGUCGAGAUCACAGUUCCAGUUCCAGAAGAUGCCGAUUCCCCACGUUUCCGCACAAAUAUUGGAUCGGUACAUUACGCACCAGAAAAGUCGGCGAUAGUAUGGAAAAUCAAACAAUUUGGAGGUAGUAAAGAAUUCCUCAUGAGAGCGGAGUUAGGAUUACCGAGUGUGAAGGGUGAUGAUGAACAUGGAGGUGGAAUGACAGGAGGAUUUGGCGGAAGUAUGGGUGGUGUUGGGGGUAAAGGGGCAAAGAGACCAAUCAGUGUGAAAUUUGAGAUUCCUUAUUUUACAACAAGUGGUAUUCAAGUCAGGUACCUGAAGAUCAUUGAGCCAAAGUUACAAUACCCAUCCCUCCCCUGGGUUCGCUACAUUACCCAAUCAGGUGAUAUAGCAGUCAGACUUCCCGAUGUAAGCUAA